AUGGCCCCCAUUGAUUUUAAACUCGCAGCCCGAGCGAACGAUGGAUGUCCGAGUACCCUUUCUGGUGGUGCGAUCGCAGGUAUCGUGCUCGGAACCAUGGCCGGAACCCUACUCCUCUUGUGGCUGUGGCGACUCUGCACAAUGCCCGGAGUGUGGAGCAGCACCGAACCAGACGUCGGCUAUCGUCCCCCCGUCACUCGCACUCGGGGCAGCAGGAGAAGGAGCACAGGGUCAUAUGUGGACGUGAUUGAGAAACCCCGCACCUCGCGCAGUACACGACGAUAUCGCGAUGAUGUCCGACGACCAGCUAAGGUUUAUCUGAGCUGA